AUGAGAUUGGAUCUGCGAAGUCGAGUUAUCAUGUUCUUCACAUUGCCUGGAUUUGAGCAGGAGCACGUGGAAGUGCAGAAGAUUGGGUCCGAUGUGUUAGCAAUAACGGGACAACGGCCAUUGGAUGAUGGACAUAGAUGGAUCCGAUUCGAGAAGUUUAUUCGGUUCAGAGCUAUAUGCAACCUUGGCGAAUAUCGCGCUGGUUUUGGGAAAAACAAUUUCAUCAUCACAAUUCCCAAAAUCACUGGCCCUCUGCACCACAACCACGACGAAGAGGCGACAACAAAGCAGUUGCCGGCCGGGAAUCCCGCAUCAGCAGAAGAGCAGAAGCCGGUGGUGCGGGUUGACUCGGACGGCGACGACGACGAGAUGCGAAUAGUGCAGCCGGGCGUGGAAGAGCUUGUGGCGACCGACCCGCCAGCAACCAACAUCACCGCUGCCAUCGCGUCAACGCUGAGAAGCCAUCUGAAAUUCAGCAGUUGCCAGCGACGGCGGCUGCAGAAAAGAAUAACAUCGCUGUUAAAGCAAAAGAAGGGGGCCUUGUUUCUACCGCCACUAUUGCCGACAACCAGAGAGAAAUCGCCUCUCAAGAAGAUCUUUAGGCUGCGGGCGCGGAGCAAGAACCAACCACCAAUCAUUGAGUGA